UCCAUUUCCAACUCCCUUAAGGCGCCAGCAUAACAAGUGCAUCGACUCAACUGGCUGGUGGCGUCGGAGUGAUCAAUAAAUCAGCGGAACAAUCAUUAAUCCUGUAGUAAUUCCAAACGGCUGAGGCGAAACAUGUUGGCGAAGCGAGCAAUUAGGGUACUGGGCAGUAAACUCGCAAGAACGAGGGGUAGAAAAGCUGGUACUAAAGUGACUGAAGACCAGGAGGCACGUGUGCAAUCUACACUGCAAGAGUUUCUAAUCUAUUUAAUUUUUCUGUUGGAUCUAUCCAUAUUGACCUUUGGAAUGGUAAAUUAUAAUAUGUACUUCUUCACCAAAGUUAUGUCUCAGCUCUUUCUAGAAUCGACCUCCUAUAUCAAUCGCAUAAACUUCAAUUCAAUAAACAGCAUGGCAAAUUUCUGGGAGUUUGUUGAAGGGCCAAUGUUGAGAAAUAUUUACUGGAAAGAAUGGUACAAUGGCAAACCCUUGUAUCCAGGCCAAAGCUACAUUUUCUAUGAAAGCAUCCUUUUAGGACGCCCUCAAGUCCGACAGUUGAGGGUGCGCAAUAAUACUUGUUCUGUUAAUGAGUAUUUUAAGGAUCUGAUUAAAGAUUGUUAUAAUGAAUAUUCUUUUCACAAUGAGGAUCAUUCACCAUUUGGCCUGAAAUCUGGUUCACCAUGGAAAUACAGUGCUCCCAAUCAUGAAUUUGAGCUGUGGCACUGGGGUAAAGUCGGUACCUACAGAAAUGGCGGUUAUAUUAUCGAACUAGAAAAAACUAAACCUGCCACUGUCAAGAUAAUUAAAUACCUCAAAUCAAAACUUUGGCUUGAUCAUGGGACCAGAGCUGUCUUCGUAGACUUUAGUGUCUACAAUGCAAAUGUUAACUUGUUUUGUGCUAUCAGGCUUUUGGUGGAAUUCCCUGCAUCAGGUGGAGCUGUCACUUCCUCUGAAAUUUACACAGUCAAACUCCUAAGAUAUGUUUCAAAAUUUGACUACUUUCUGGCUGUCUGUGAAGUCAUUUUUUGUGUCUUCAUCUUCAACUAUGUAAUCCAAGAAGGCGUAGAGUUGUACUGCAGAAAGCUCUCGUACUUCAAGAGAUUUUGGAAUUUCUUGGAUUUUUUCAUUGUUCUGCUCUCUAUUGUAGCCAUUUUUUUCAACAUCUAUCGUACUAUAAAAGUAAACGCAUUACUACUGAACCUUCUGAAAAACUCUAAUUCAUAUCCAAACCUCUAUUUUUUGGCUUACUGGCAGAAUCGGUAUAAUAUCAUAAUUGCAUUUACUGUUUUCAUUGCAUGGAUAAAGAUCUUCAAAUAUAUCAGUUUCAAUAUGACUAUGACACAACUAGCAACAACUCUCUCUCGCUGUGCCAAAGCCAUCAUUGGAUUUGCUGUUAUGUUUUUUAUAGUGUUUUUUGGAUAUGCUCAGUUAGGCUACCUUAUCUUUGGCACCCAGGUAGACGGUUUUCACACCUUUGGCAGCUGCAUUUUUACACAGUUCAGGAUUAUACUCGGAGAUUUUAAUUUUAGUGAGAUUGAAGAAGCAAACAGAAUCCUUGGACCUAUUUACUUCAUCACAUUCGUAUUCUGCUUAUUCUUUGUUCUGUUGAAUGUGUUUUUGGCUAUUAUUAAUGACACCUAUUCUGAAGUCAAGGAUGACAAAUCACUAGAAAAUGUAGAUUUUGAUAUUUACGAAGUGCUCAAAAGGCAUUACAAAAACCUUCUUUAUAAAAUCAAUCCAAACAUGUUUCCACCUGUGGCUCAUCCGACUCCUGGCAACAAAAAUGCCAAAGAAAGCCAGACAGCUCUACAACAUGAUUCCGAGAGGGAUGAAGAUGAAGUACUUGAUCUUACAGAAUAUAACACGGAGAGGUUACCACAUCGACAGAAUAUUUCAGAUAAAUAUUAUUAUAAAGAGCCUGCGAUAGAGGCCAUUACACCUCCCAAACCUACAAAGAAAUCUGACAGACAAACUGCCGCUAAAGAUGACUUCCUUAUUCUGCGUACGGAUCAACUGGAGGAGAGAAUGAAUAAGAUGUCAAAUAAAAUUGACUGGAUUAUGGAACAGUUUGAGAAGCAAGACUUGGUGCAAAGUGGAAAACAGGCAACAUCUUUUAUUGAAAAGGCGAGUAGAUAAGAGUCAUAGAGAUAGGACAAAGGACAUUUAUUGUCACAUACACCAUUUCUGGUGUAGUGAAAUUUGAGUUGCCAUUUGCAGCACACCAAUAAAAGACACCACAUUUUUUUUUUUUUGUGUUAUUUUUUUGUUUAUUUUAUUAGAAGUUAAUACAGCACCAAACAGUACAGUGGCACCUAAUUUUAGGUGCCAACUAUGUAAUACCGUAAUCCAUUCUAUGUACAACCUCUAGUUUUAUGUUAUAAGAAGGAAGUAAGCAGAACAAGAAAAAGAAAACAAUAGAAAGGGGAAAAAGUGGAAAAAUAGAUGGUAGAGAGUAGAAAAACGUGAAGUGUGUAUAUAAAAAAUAAAAAAAGGAAGAGAGAGCGUGGAAAGUAGAAAUAGAAGAGAAGGCCCCUUAAAAGAGAAUUUUUCAAAUCUGAAUUCGGAGAUGUAGCUCUAUCCGCGUCAUGAACUGAAA